UGGACGCGCACCGGGUCGGGGAAGUUCAUACGCGCAGAAAGUCGCCGGACAGCAGAGAUGAAUCCCGGAGAUUAAACGAUAACACGGACAUUGAUAAUCAAAGAGAAAUAAAGUUCAGAGAGUAUCAUAGAGAUCGUGUGUGCUGCAGUAUGGUUUUGUGAGUCCAGCAGUUGAACAUCAUGGCUCUGGUCCGGUCUCUUCCUGUGGCCGUUGAUCAUGCAGCACCAGGUCUGGACCCGAGAAGAGCCGCGGGUCCCGUCAGCAGUCACCGUGACCGAGGACACCUGGAGGUCAGCACCAGGUUUGGUAAGGGCACGUCGGUCUCAGGACGCAUAAUGACGGAGGUCUGGAAUCGGACUCCGUCCAGUAAGAGGAGAGCUAUUGUUGGCAGAGGGAAGGGUUUCGGUAAUCGUUCGCAUUCCCAUGAAGACUUGAUACAGGACUGGAGCGAGGACUUCGCUGUUGUGGAUGGACCUCCCAAACUGGUGUCCGUGUCCGGCCAGUUAGAAAGAAAUGUUCAGCAGGCCAUCAUAAGACCCACUGCCUUCAAACCCGUCGUCCCCAGGAGUCGUAACGGUGCGCGGUUCCUCUCCCCGCGUUUAGGGGGAAGCCAAGGAAACCUCAGCGUGUUUUCUUCAGGAGACGAGGACGUCACGCCGGUAGUGAUGGAGCGACACAGCUCUUACAGCGGAGCUCGGAAUGCUUUGAUGAGCCAGUCGUUCAACAUGACGGACAGUUCUUUAACAAACAUUCCUGUCUAUAAUGUGAGCCAGAGCGAGGCGGCUAAACAUCACGGACACUCCAACUCUGACAGUGGGCGCUCUUCAUCCAGCAAGAGCACGGGAUCUGUGGGCGGCCGCUGUCCGCUGAUGUCAGACAUGGGACCUUCACCUCCACCAAUCGAGGCCUAUGAGAUGAUCGUGACAGACUUUGAGGAGAAACUAAGAGAGAGAGAUCUGGAGCUUCGGCGGCUCAGAGAGAAUCUGGAUGAGAAUGAUGCAGCUAUCUGUCAAGUGUAUGAGGAGAGGCAGAAGCGCAGCGAGCUGGAGAUGGAGGAGUUCAGGCAGACGUGUGCGGGUAAAAUGCAGAAGGCGUCCCAGAAAGCGCAGCGAGAUGUGCAGCUGCUUCAGGUUCAAGUCUUUCAGCUGCAGCAGGAGAAGCAGCAGCAGCAGGAGGAGCUGAAGAAACUUCUGCAGGAGCGUCAAAGACUGGAGGAAAGGUGCACCUCCUAUGAGAGAGAACACACACAACUGGGACCCAGACUAGAGGAAACUAAAUGGGAGGUGUGUCAGAAGUCCGGUGAGAUUUCACUGUUGAAGCAGCAGCUGAAAGAUCUUCAGGCCGAUCUGGCCCAGCGUGCCGGUGAGCUGGUGACCCUCCGCGGGCAGAUGAGAGAGGUUCGCUUGGAGCUGCACACCAGUCACGCUCGUCUGCAGGAGGCUCACACGGCGUCACGCACACGCACCCUGGAGCUGGAGGUCUGCGAGAACGAACUGCAGCGUCGCAAGAGUGAAAGCGAGCUGCUCAGAGAGAAGAUGAGUCGCUUGGAGGAGGAAUCGGCCCGCCUGUGCGAGGCUCUGAACGCUCACCACGUCCACAGUAGAGGAGGCGGGGCAUCCAGGGAGGAACAGAAACUGACCAAUGACAGUGAGGAUUCAAAAGCGUCAAAGCAGCACGUUGACAGACUGAAGGCGGAGCUGGCAUACGAACGCCAGAGGUUGUCCGAUCAGGCCGCGGCCUUCGAGGGUGAAAGACAGAGCUGGGAGGGGGAGAAAAAUAAAGUGAUUCGAUAUCAGAAACGGCUCCAGCAGAACUACAUACAGAUGUACACCAGGAACCGAGAACUCCAGAGAUCUCUCCGUCAGCUCAGUCUGGAGCUGGAGUCCAGAGAACAGGAUGAUGAGAGCAGUGGAAAUGAAGUCACUUUCGAUGACAUCGCUGCGACUGAGAUCUAGCAUCACAGGAGUGUCAGAAAAGUCUACUGUCACACGCCUUUCACACGCAUAUAAUGUAGCUGACAUCAUGUGACAGAGA